AUGGAGGCGUUGUUGGCGCAUUCGUUCGACUACCUGUCUUCCUACGAGCCCAGCAAGAUCCGCAAGGGUCUGCGCCAGGUCGAGGGUUUGCUGGCGCAGAUAUGCCUUUCAAGGCCCAAACAGGCGGCAGCCGACAAGAGGAGGUCCACGUCGCAACUGACUCCGAAGCCGCUGGACGAGCUCGCCGAGGAUCCGGCCUUCAGAGAGUUUUUCAAGCUGCAAGAAGGGUUCCAAUGGAACGUUGCGAUGCGCCUGGUUACAUGCUUGGAACACCUGCUCGGUCGCGGUAGCAAUGGCACCAACGAUCUGCUCAUCAUCUCGACUCUGGACUUGAUCCAGGGCGUCCUGCUCCUCCACCCGCCGUCGCGGUCCCUGUUCGCGCGUGAGAUCUACAUGAAUCUGCUGCUGGACCUGCUCGAUCCGAUCAAUUGUCCCGCCAUCCAGUCCUCCACCCUGCUGACCCUGGUGACCGCCCUGCUCGACAAUCCGGCCAACACGCGGACAUUCGAGGAGCUCGAUGGCCUGCUGACCGUCACGUCGCUGUUUAAGCUUCGUGCGACAGCGCGCGAAGUCAAGUUGAAGCUGGUCGAGUUCUUAUAUUUCUACCUGAUGCCGGAGACGCCCACCAUUCCAGCCGCCGGCGCCAGCGCACCCAACACGGCCGUGCUGGGCCUGCAGCGGAGCCCCAGCAAACUGGCGGGCGCCUUCUCGCGCAGUGUCAACGGAGCCGGGGACGGUCGCGGCAACCGGGAGACGCGCACCACCGAGGAGAAACAGAGACUGCUCGGUCGCUACCUCAGCAAUGUCGAGGAUCUGGUAGAAGAUCUCAAGGAGACGGCUCCGUUUGGGGGGUCCGUUUACUAG